GUUGGUAUGGACCUGUCUGUGAUUGCGAAGUUGGUGCCUGAAUACUCCGUCUGUGCGCUCCCCCACGCGGUCGCAUUCUCCAGACGCGACCGACGUGUCUCGCGAUCUUCUGUCUCGGGCCACAUGUCUAAUCCUCCCGUCCACGUUCUGCUCACCACCCACCAUACCUCAUGCCGGGAAUCUGUGAGUCGCUUCUCCCACAUGUCACAGCAUACAGCGAGAAAGUGUCUUGAACGCAAAGUGGCCGCGCGAUGUGGGCCAGAGACGACUUGCUGCUGGUGCACUUGCUACUGGUGCUGGUGAGGCUGUACUUUGCUCUAUCGCCCAGCUACAUUCAUCCCGACGAGCACUUCCAGGGGCCGGAGAUCAUCGCUGGCGAAGUGUUUGGCUAUCCUACCUACAAAACUUGGGAGUUCACAUCCGCCCAUCCCAUUCGCAGCAUAUUCCCCUUCUGGCUCGUCUAUGGCUGGCCACUGACGGUCCUCAAAUGGGUACAUGAAGGACUUGGCUACGGAUCUGUUCAGCCACAGACUGCCUUCUACUGCCUGCGAUGUCUCAUGUUCCUACUCAGCUUCGUUCUGGGCGAUUGGGCUCUGUACGAACUUUUGCCGUCUCCCAAGGAGCGCCGAUCAGCCAUCGUCCUAGUUGCGUCCUCCUACGUGACUUGGACGUUGCAGACCCACACCUUUUCGAAUAGCAUCGAGACCAUUGCUGUGCUCUGGUCGCUCGUUCUGAUCAAAAGGCUUGCAGAGCAUACCGCGAUCCUUCAGUUUCAAGUGUGCUGCGGACUGGCCUUCCUCUGCGUUGUGGGCAUCUUUAAUCGCAUUACCUUUCCAGCAUACCUUUUGAUACCCCUAAUUCAACUUCUACAUGGAUUCUACCUCCAGCCGCUCCGUAUACCAGUCAUGAUCGCAGCUGGACUUCUGACAAUGGCGGUAGCCAUCACCAUGGACACAGAGUUCUAUAGCGGCUACCGACCUCAUUUCAGACACCUCUUCCAUAAUGCUGUCCUCACACCGCUCAACAAUCUAGCUUACAACGCCGAUUCAGCCAACCUCGCCAAACACGGGUUGCAUCCUUUUUGGCAACACUGCGUCGCGAACCUCCCACAACUGAUAGGCCCAGCCUUCCCACUCCUCAUGCUGUCAAGUCGAAGAUGCGUGCUCUUCUGGUCAGCCAUCGUAGGAACUGUAGCUUUGUCGUUCUUUCCACACCAGGAGCCUCGAUUCUUGCUUCCAGCUGUCCCUCUUCUCCUCGCCAGUGUCAAGAUACCCAAACGUGGUCAACGCUACUGGCUUGCAGUCUGGUUUCUGUUCAACAUUCUUGGUGGUGUGCUAUUCGGUGUCUACCACCAAGGCGGCGUAGUGCCUGCGCAGACUUGGAUCGCACAACAGCCCAAUGUGAGCCAGACACUUUGGUGGAAAACCUACAGUCCGCCGCGAUGGCUGCUCAACGGGAAAAGCGAAAGCAUCAAUACGACUGACCUCAUGGGCAUGAAAUUGGAGCCGAUGUUGGAACAGCUGCAAGAGCAUGCGCAAUGCGAAGAUGCGCGGAAUAGGACAUUAUUGGUCGCACCGAGCAGUGCUACAUCCUUGGAUGCUUACACGUGGCCGUCGAACACGGGCCACAGCUUAAUCUUCUUACGUCUCUGGCACUAUAGAAGCCACAUUGGUUUGGACGACAUGGACUUUGGCGACGAUGGCGUGCUUUCCACAUUGCAGCGUGUAGUGGGGAGAAGAGGAUUAGUGGUGUGGCAGGUCAGCAAAAUAUGCUAAUCGACGUCCAGCUGGCCAAUACCAGGACGGACUCCACAUCUCCCGAAUUAUGCCGCUCUGUCGAAUGUCGGCCACCUUCAACAGCAACUAAUUUCACGGCUGCCAGCGGAUCGACGUUGUUUCUUGCAUUCAGCAGGACACGGCGGUUGCAUAGCGAUCCCUAUGCCUGUUUAUACAUUUCCUUCGUCGUGCUAAAUGGCCUUUACACAAGCCGCCUCACCUCUCCUACGGUCCAGACUAUCCUAGCCUCCGACUUGGAGAGCAUAUCGCUAGACGAACUCACACCAGUGUCUGGACGUGUCACCACUCCAAGCAUGGCUAGAGACCGUGCUAGAGCACUUCGCGCAACUGUCCCAGCGCGAUUGAGAGCUUUAAAGGUGGAUACCGUUGUUGAAAUACGACAGAGGGGCCAGAAGGGUCGUGACUGUGGUAUGCACAAUAGUCCUGCUAUCAUGCUAGGCCUUGCUGCCGAUGUCCUGAUACGUCUGAUUGCGGCCAUUGCUCUGACUGGAUAUAGCGGAGCCCUUCAUGCCACAUGUGGCAUACACGCUGUACAGUGGAGGUACCGAAGGACUGGAUGGAGUUCACCAGGCCGCAUCCAACGAUUUAUUGCAUAACGUUUGCGAGACUUUUGAUAUGCUGGUUAUGAUUUAGAAAGGGGGAAGAUGCAGAUGGUCAGAUUAUUAUUGGUAUCGCCUUUUCGUUCGAAAUGACAUCUUCCGGCACAGCUAUAAUCGAAAAUAAACUUGAUCAGAAAGAGGGAAGGAACUGAU